AUGCCCAUAUCCUUACUGCCUGCCUCCGCUGCCGCCUUCGCGCCGCGGAGCGCCCCCACCGUUGUGCUGAACUCAAAGGUCGAGCCGUGGUUGACGCAGACGCUGAAGCGCAUAAACCGCAUUAAGCGCCCGCUCAACAGCGUGCCCCAGCACUUCCGCUGUCUCACCGAGACGCUGUCCGGCCCGCAGGCCCUCUGGUCGCUAUGCUCCAUCAUGCUCCCCAAGGCGCCCGAUUCCGAGCUGCGCAGAGACCCUGACCCGCUGGUGGAGGCCAUGUUCAACUACCAGCUGAUCCACAUUGAGGCUUAUGUCGUGCACGUCGACAUGGUGUCGCAACACGAGGUUGCGUUCAAGCUCACCCAGGACACCAUCGACGCGCUUGUCGAGUACCACAAGGAUAUCUACUCGGUUGAUGUGGCAGCAAAUACCUGGUCUUGGGCCGAGAAGGAGGUUCAGUUGAAGAAGCUACAGGAGGAAUUCGUCCAGGCCGUCAACCGCUACGUCUUCCGCACCGGCGUGCGUGCCCUGGAAGGUCUUGAAGAGGAUGGAGCUGGAGAGCUGUUGGACGGCAGGUCGGAGGAGGUCAAGCAUGCGAUCAUGGGACUGUUUCUUCCGCUUCUCCCGCCGCCGCCGAGGAUCGUCGACGUUGUCCGCCCCCCUACCAUCCUGCCGAGCUCGCCUUCCGGCCACUGGUGGCACUCUCCUCAGCAGGGUCCUCCGGUUCAUCCGGCGCCCGUUGAGUCCUGGAGGGUCAUCCCGUCCACGCCGAGCCCGACCAUCACCACCGGCGCCGAGAACUCGACGUUCUGGACCACGAUGGGCAUGAACGACAUCCAGUUGCCGUCGCCCACGCCGUCCUACAGCCAGCCGCUGUGCACCUCGAACCAGUACUACAGCCCGCCUCAGGCAACGGCUCCGAUGCCCGCCAUCUCGUUCCCGAGCACGUUGAUCAACCAGUGCGGGCCUACGCCAUCGCACACUGGCUUCGGUGGAUUUGGAAUGGGCUACAAUGAGUUCACUCCUCAGUUCGCAGCUGCCAUGUAG